AUGUCAACCGGAAUACCACCAAUUAGCACCAACCUCAACAUCGAGGCCACAAACAUCCAAACCGCUCCCGGCGUCUCCCUUAGCGACAACCAAAAGACGAUCGUCGGCUCCGUCCUCGACCUCUUUGCCGGCCGCCCAUCUCUCCCCAAGCUCGCCCUCUGGCGAGACGACGCCACGUUCGCAGACCCCCUGACCAUCGCGACAGGCCGCGAACGCUUCUCCGCACAGUGGUACGGCCUGCAACAAGCCUUCUCGGAGAUUGAACGGCAACAUCACAGCGUGACGGAUGCGGGGAACCCAAUUCUGCUCGACCUGAAGUCGCGGUACGUGAUUAAAGGUAUCAACAAGGAGCAAACGAUUCAGAGCGUCGUGGCCAUCCACACGGAUGAGCAGGGCAAGAUCACGAAGGUGGAGGAUAAGUGGGAUGGGAAGCUUCCUGAGGGAAGCAUUGCGAAUGUGAGUUCUAUAUUUCGAUUGUUAAGUCCGGUGUGGUGGGUGAAUUACUACAUUGCGUGGGCGUUUUGGGUGUGGAGCUUUGCGUGGGAGACUCGGGCUUGGAAUGCUUUCAGACAUUUGAAUGCGGUUACAGUCCCAAAGAUUGUUUCGGUGCCGAAGACUGCGGAGGAGGAUGCUAAGAAGGGUAAUUAAAUCGCAUGCUAUGAUGAAUGGUUCGUUACUCAAUAUAUUCAUUUAAUC